AAACAGCGCCGUUAUUAGUCAAUAGUACACAGACGUUGAGGUGAGAAUAGUGUCAGACUUCGAUUGCGCAUCUGGUAGAGUAACAAUGAGUGACGGCGUGGUCGGAGAUUUACAGGAUUUGACGUUGAAGAAAGAAAAGGUAAAAAUGAAAGAAAAAGUUGCUCAACCAGAAAGAUUUGCUGUUAAAGAACUGAAUCCAUGGCCAUCAUAUAUUCAAGAUAGAAUAUUACUGUUUGAUAAACUAAAAGCCGAAUAUGAUGCAAAUUUAUUAGUAAAACCAUCAAAUGAGAUAACAGUAACGUUACCAGAUGGAAAAACUGUGUCAGCUCAGUCUUGGCGUACUACACCGUAUGAAAUAGCCAGAGGUAUUAGCCAAGGAUUGGCUGACAACACAGUUAUUGCAAAAGUAAAUAAUGAACUAUGGGAUCUGGAUAGGCCAUUAGAAACAGAUUGUAAACUUCAGUUAUUAAAAUUUGAUAAUCCAGAUGCACAGGCUGUUUUUUGGCACUCCAGUGCUCAUAUUCUUGGUGAAGCUAUGGAAAGAAUUUAUGGAGGUUGUCUUUGUUAUGGGCCACCUAUAGAAAAUGGAUUUUAUUAUGACAUGUUUUUGGGAGAUAAGGGAAUUUCAAACGAGGACUUUCCAUACUUGGAGGGUCUAUUUAAAAAUAUUGUGAAAGAAAAGCAGAACUUUGAGAGGCUUGAAAUGAAAAAAGAGGAUCUAUUAGAGAUGUUCAAAUAUAACGAGUUCAAAGUUAGAAUUUUAAAUAAGAAAAUUCAAACUCCAACUACUACUGUGUACAGAUGCGGCCCACUUAUCGACCUGUGUCGAGGUCCACAUGUACGCCACACAGGGAACAUUAAAGCUGCUAGGAUCACCAAGAGCUCGUGUGCAUAUUGGGAGGGUAAUGCAAACGCAGAAACACUCCAGCGCGUUUAUGGGGUGAGCUUCCCAGAUCAAAAGCAGCUGAAAGAAUGGGAGAGCUUCCAAGAGGAGGCAGCUAAACGCGACCAUCGCAAGCUCGGACGUGAGCAACAACUUUUCUUCUUCCAUGAUCUGUCGCCAGGUUCGUGUUUUUUUCAAUAUCAUGGUACCCACAUCUACAACACACUCGUGAAGUUUAUUCGUGAAGAAUACAGGAAAAGAGGAUUUCAGGAAGUUGUUACCCCCAAUGUUUAUAAUGUUCAAUUAUGGCAAACAUCAGGCCAUUGGCAACAUUAUGCAGAGAAUAUGUUUUCUUUCGAUGUAGAAAAAGAAAAGUUUGCAUUAAAACCAAUGAAUUGUCCUGGGCACUGCUUAAUCUUUGGUGCUCGUAGUAGGUCGUGGCGUGAGCUUCCGCUACGAAUGGCUGAUUUCGGGGUCCUCCAUCGUAACGAGCUGUCGGGAGCUUUGUCGGGUCUCACACGCGUUAUUUUUUGCACGUCCGAGCAAAUAAAGAAUGAAAUGCUGGGUGCUCUGAAUUUCCUUAACCACGUCUACUCGGUAUUCGGCUUCACCUUUAAUCUCUGCCUGUCAACGCGACCAGAAAAGUUUAUGGGCGAGACUACCAGCUGGGACGCCGCAGAGAAAGCCCUUUCCGAGAGUCUUGACACUUUCGGCCAGCCUUGGACCCUCAAUCCUGGUGACGGUGCCUUCUACGGUCCCAAAAUCGACAUAACCAUUAUGGAUGCGCUCAAGAGGCCUCACCAAUGCGCCACAAUUCAGCUGGAUUUUCAGCUGCCAAUUAGAUUCAAUCUAUCUUACGUCAAUGAGGCAGGUGAGAAAACACGUCCAGUGAUAAUCCACCGGGCGAUCCUUGGAUCAGUCGAGCGUAUGAUCGCCAUACUUUUAGAAUCUUAUGCCGGAAAAUGGCCGUUUUGGUUGUCACCGAGGCAGGCGAUAGUGAUACCCGUAGGUCCGUCCGUUGAUGAUUAUGCCCUGGAAGUGCGCGAUCGGAUAUUCAAGUGUGGCUUUAUGACCGAGGUCAACGUGGAUCACAGCGUUACACUCAAUAAGAAGAUCCGCAAUGCCCAAUUGGAUCAAUUCAACUAUAUCCUCGUUGUCGGUGAAAAGGAAAAGAGUAGUAGUACUGUCAAUGUGAGGACUAGAGACAACAAAGUGCAUGGACAAAUCGAAAUUGACGAAUUGAUGAAAAAAUUUGAAAACUUAAUAGAGACGAAAGUUCGCAGUUGCGAUGAGAAUUUCUAAAGACAUAUUGUUUCAUGCAUCAAUACAUCAUUAUAUAGAUUGUAUCACACGUCACUAUAUUUGACAUCCGCAAAUAAGAUAUUUUUUAUCAAAUUUAAAAUAAAGUUUAUUGAAGUA